CCACGCAAGGGUGUGGCUCACUCCUUGCUGCCAAUUUUAGGUGGUGCUAAAAUUCUUGUUGACUCUCACUUUGCUUGUUUCUACGGAGCAGAAAACAAGACAAAUGAGACUCCAAGCUCUCUGCUUGUUUUUAAUCAGUGCAAGCAUCAUACAUGUAGAGGCUCAAACCACUACUCCUCCUACUGUGUCCUUACUCUCUGGAGCGAUCAGGCUCGCUAGAGACGGGGUUUCUUCCAGCUCCUACUCCUCAGGCAGGGUUCAAGUGUAUGGUAUUGGCGCGGCUAAUUCAAUCUCUAACAGGUGGGGAAACAUUUGUCGUUUCACCUCAUUUGGCACAAGUGAAGCUGACGUGAUUUGUCACCAGUUAACGUACACUGGAGCCUCUUCUCAUUCAUAUGCUGAAAUUGACUCGUUUGGUAAUGAUAACUAUACUGCACUACUGAAUGAUGUAUCGUGUUCCAACGACAAUUACUUGAUGCUAUUUCAGUGUACAGUCAGUACUACAGUCAGCACUUUAUGUACUGCUAGAGAAGAUGUAUCAGUAACAUGCUAUUCUACCCGUAUAUGGGAUGACCCGUACAACGGUAUGGUCCGUUUGUCACAGGGUGACUACGUGAACACUGGUCUACUGGAGGUCUACUGCAAGGGAGAGUGGGGGACAGUGUGCGACAAUACUUUUGGAGCAGAGGAAGGAACUGCAGUCU